AUGUGGUGGGGGUCGCUGCGGCUGCUGCUGCUGCUCGCGGCGGCGGUGGCGGCGGCUGCUGAGCCAGCGUCGACGCUCACGGGGCCGUCGCGGCCGGUGACGGUGACGCUUCGGGAAGACAGGGGCCACGCGGUGGACCUGCCGGACACGGACCCCCGGGUGCAGCGCCGGGCCACGGGCUGGGCUCCCGAGCAGAUCGCCGUCGCGCUCUCCGCCGCUCCCACCUCUGCCUGGGUCUCCUGGAUCACCGGGGAAUUCCAGAUGGGCGGCACCGUCAAGCCGCUGGACCCCGGCACGGUCGCCAGCGUCGUGCGCUACGGGCUCGCCGCCGAUUCUUUGGUUCGCCAGGCCACCGGCGACGCGCUCGUGUACAGCCAGCUCUACCCCUUCGAGGGCCUCCAGAACUACACCUCCGGCAUCAUCCACCACGUCCGCCUCCAAGGGCUUGAGCCUGCGACGAAGUACUACUACCAGUGUGGCGACCCGGCCCUCCCGGGGGCGAUGAGCGCCGUCCACGCGUUCCGGACGAUGCCGGCGGUGGGGCCGCGGAGCUACCCGGGGAGGAUCGCCGUGGUGGGAGACCUCGGGCUCACGUACAACACCACGUCGACCGUGGACCACAUGGCGAGCAACCGGCCGGACCUGGUCCUCCUCCUCGGUGACGUCAGCUACGCCAACCUGUACCUCACCAACGGCACCGGAGCGGACUGCUACUCGUGCGCGUUCGGCAAGUCCACGCCCAUCCACGAGACGUACCAGCCGCGCUGGGACUACUGGGGAAGGUACAUGGAGGCGGUGACGUCGGGGACGCCGAUGGUGGUGGUGGAGGGGAACCAUGAGAUAGAGGAGCAGAUCGGCAACAAGACGUUCGCGGCCUACCGCUCCCGGUUCGCGUUCCCGUCGACGGAGAGCGGGUCCUUCUCCCCCUUCUACUACUCGUUCGACGCCGGGGGGAUCCAUUUCGUCAUGCUAGGCGCCUACGCCGACUACGGCAGGUCAGGGGAGCAGUACAGAUGGCUGGAGAAGGACCUGGCGAAGGUGGACAGGUCGGUGACGCCGUGGCUGGUCGCCGGCUGGCACGCGCCAUGGUACACCACCUAUAAGGCUCACUACAGGGAGGUGGAGUGCAUGAGAGUGGCCAUGGAGGAGCUGCUCUACUCCCACGGCCUCGACAUCGCCUUCACCGGCCAUGUAACACCUUUCAAUCACACCCUCUGA